CAAGCCCCUCGGCUUCCCGAGCGAACUGAGCGCGCGAGAAUGGAGGUCGUCCGCCAAGCCCUGGGCCCCUUGGUCGCCGAGCUGUAUGACGUGCAGGCUUUCAAGUUCGGGAGCUUCGUACUGAAGAGCGGGCUCUCCUCCCCAGUCUACAUCGACCUGCGGGGCAUCGUGUCACGCCCGCGUCUUCUCAGUCAGGUCGCAGACAUUUUAUUCCAAACUGCCAAAAAUGCCGGGAUCAGUUUUGACAGUGUGUGUGGAGUUCCUUAUACAGCGUUACCACUGGCGACAGUUAUCUGCUCAGCCAAUCACAUUCCCAUGCUCAUUAGGAGGAAGGAAACAAAGGAUUAUGGUACCAAGCGCCUUGUAGAAGGAGAGAUUAAUCCGGGGCAGACCUGUCUGAUCAUUGAGGACGUCGUCACCAGCGGGGCCAGUGUUUUGGAGACUGUGGAAGUUCUUCAGAAGGAGGGUAUAAAGGUAACUGACGCCAUAGUGCUGUUGGACCGGGAACAGGGAGGCAAGGACAAGCUGCAGGCCCAGGGGAUCCGCCUCCACGCCGUGUGCACGCUGUCCCAAAUGCUGGAGAUUCUCCAGCAGCAGAAAAAGAUCGACGCUGACAUGGCCGAGAGAGUGAAGAGGUUCAUUCAGGAGAAUGUUUUCUCAGCAGCUAAUCAUAAUGGUCUUCCCCCUCCUGAGAAGAAAGCGUGCAAAGAACUCAGCUUUGGUGCUCGAGCCGAGCUGCCCGGAACCCAUCCACUUGCCUCAAAGCUUCUCCGGCUCAUGCAGAAGAAGGAGACCAAUCUGUGUCUGUCUGCUGAUGUGUCGGAGGCCAGGGAGCUGCUGCAGCUCGCAGACACCUUGGGACCCAGCAUCUGCAUGCUCAAAACUCAUGUCGAUAUUCUGAAUGAUUUUACUCUGGAUGUGAUGGAGGAGUUGACAGCUCUGGCAAAACGCCAUGAGUUCUUAAUAUUUGAAGACAGGAAAUUUGCUGAUAUAGGAAACACAGUUAAAAAGCAGUAUGAAAGUGGCGUCUUUAAAAUAGCUUCGUGGGCAGAUGUAGUGAAUGCCCACGUGGUACCAGGCUCAGGAGUUGUGAAAGGCUUACAGGAAGUGGGUCUGCCUUUACAUCGAGCCUGCCUGCUCAUUGCGGAAAUGAGUUCUGCUGGCUCCUUGGCCACUGGAAACUACACCAAGGCAGCAGUCGGAAUGGCUGAGGAGCACUGUAAAUUUGUCAUUGGCUUCAUUUCUGGCUCCCGAGUAAGCAUGAAACCAGAGUUUCUUCACUUGACCCCAGGAGUUCAGUUAGAAACAGGGGGGGAUCACCUUGGCCAGCAGUAUAACAGUCCCCAAGAAGUGAUCGGGAAACGCGGUUCUGAUGUCAUCAUUGUAGGCCGGGGAAUACUCGCCGCGGCUAAUCGCCUGGAAGCAGCUGAGAUGUACAGGAAGGCUGCCUGGGAGGCGUAUCUGAGUAGGCUUGCUGUUCAGUGAGACUGAAGACACUGAAAAUGGGCAGUAUCCCAAAAGUCGCUGGCUUCAGAGACCAGGGCUCAGGGACCUGCACAGGGUCAGGGGGAGAGACUGCAGCAUCGAUUGUAUCAUGGUCUUUAACUUGUAAUCACUGCAUUGGUACUGUAAUGAGCAGCUCUCUCGGAAGCUUUC